AAGAACAAAUCGCUACUAGACUGCUCUCAUCUCCUUGAAGAGCUACCGCAAAGUUACAGUAGUGUUUUAAAACAACCUGCAAUGACAAUGCAAGACUGGUCUCUUCUCCCUGAGGAGCUACUUCACAUUAUCUCUGAGUAUCUUGAGGACUGUUUCGAUGUUAUUCAUGCUCGGUCUGUUUGCCACCUGUGGCGAUCUAUUUUUCCCUUUCCUUCUUGUCUACUACGCACUAGUUAUUCUCUCCCCUCGUUCACCAAGUUUCCUCGCAGAAGCAAAGGUCUUUGCACCCUUGAGAAGUUCCCUAUGUUCCUCUUUAAAGUCCUAUCUCCUGCAAUUACUGAUGCAGAGUUUUUUGUGGGAGGAAUAAACCGAGAUAAGUCAGAAGAUUGUAUGAAGCUUCAAUCUUCCAUUCAAUGUUCAGUGAAGGUGAAGAUCCAAAAUUCUGAACCAACCUUGUUGAACUUUCUCGACUGUCAGAUACUUCCUCUAGGUUAUCAGUACAAAAUGAUUGGUUUUGAUCCUACUUCAUUGGCAACAAGUUUCAGAGGUAUGGCUUUCCUACCGCUAAACAAAGAGGCAGGAGGAGGAGGAUUUGUUGUGCUUAUAGGAUACUCUCAUAGUUUGUUGGUGUUAAGGAGUGCAGAAAUGAGGUGGAUGCGGCUUGAGAAUUGCGCAGAAGCUGACUGCAAGCAUAUAAUCACAUUUAGAGGCAAGUUUUAUGCAGUCUUUAUUAGUGGAGAUGUUUUUGUUAUCGAUCCUUAUUCGCUGGAAGCAACUCCCUUGAGACCCUCAGAGCGUUUGACUUCACAAAACGAUCUUGUACCAUCUGGCAAUGAUGAGCUUUUCCUGGUUGAGAGAAUCAUUGUUCGUGGUACUGUAUUACAGCUUAGCAAGUUAGCAUGUAGAGACAGUAGGUUAGAUGAGGAGGCUGGUGAAUGGGUUGUGGUCAGCGAUUUGGGAGACCGUGUACUGCUUAUUGGAGAGCCGGGAAAUUGCGCUUUCUCAGCUAAGGAGCUUCCUGAUGGUUGUGGGGUGAGUGGGAACUCAAUGAUAUUCACCAAUGAGCCAUUCGGUGUAACUUACUCUUAUAAAUAUGGAGUGGAUACAGGAAACGCUGAAGACGACCUCAAUUUAUGGCGAUGCUCAAGAGAGACUCGUGUGAAGAUACUCAACAUGUCUCCGAUGGUGGCUUUUCGGGUUGAGUGCAAGAAGCCGUAA